AUGUUUUCUUUGCUUCUUCAGAUUGAAUUUAGCAAGUUUUUGUAUGAGAGCUAUAAUCUUGGUAGAAAAUUGGAUACAAGGAAUUAUAGAUUACUAGCAAAGUAUAAAGAGAAUAAGGAUUCAUAUUAUACAGAAUUAAAAGAAAAUAUACAAUAUAAUAAUAAUUACACACAAAAAAAUUUAUCUAAUUGUGAAAAAGUGUUCAACGUAAGAGAAAAACAAUCCAAUAGAAGUUUAUUAAAUAAGGCGAAAUACUAUACAGAAGUCAUGGAUUAUAAUAAUGGAAUUUUUGAUGGAAAAUAUUUCCAUUUUAAAAAACGAUGGAUCAGAAAAAAAGAUUAUGACAAUUUUCUUGAGAAAAACAGGAGAAUUGGAGAUAUUUCUUUAAAAAAAAUAAAAUUUAAAAGUUACGGUUUUGGAGUUUUUAUAUUUUUUAUUUUUUUCUUGUUGGGAAUAGGAAUACCCUCAUUACACGGUUUUGAUUCUUUGAAUAUUACUUGGGACAAAAUUAAUGAACAUCCAUUCUGGGGAUAUUUCAAAAAUCCUAUAGAAAAGAUGGUGCCAGAAUCUAUAGCUCCCUAUAUUCAUAUAAUAUCGUUUAGCAUCCUUAUGUUUAUAAUAUCAGUUAUACUCAUAGUAGCGAUUUAUAAAAUCUUAAGAAAUAAUGAAAAAUACAAAAAUAUUAAGUUAAUAUAUGAGUAA